AUGCAACGAGAGCUGGGAGUAGAUGACUAUAUCGGCUGCGCUUCGAUUCACAACAUCAGCCCUUCCAUUGCGAUUUUCGACACAAUAAGGAAUGGAAGGCUGGAUUGUGUUUGUGUGUAUCCAUCGCCAUUGCACGCGAGAGAGCAAAUGCAGGAGCUGGUUGAUAACAUGAAGAAAAUUCUUGUGGAUUUGGUAUAG